AUGUUCAUUGAAAAAAAUAAUCAAAGAGGUGUAAGAAAUAGAAAUAAGUAUGGUAAAUCUACAUCACGUAAAAUUCCAAUUCCACCAGAUUUUGAAGGAAAUAACUAUCGGCCCAUAUUUGAUAUAUUGAAAUAUAAAUCAAUGCGACCUUCAGAUGCAUGUCCAUCAUUUUUUUUAGAAACUACAAGAUCAAAAGCAGAUCUUAGUAUUGAAUUAUCUGAUGGUCGGAAAAUUGUUAAUCACAGUUGUCGUAGAACGGCAAUACAAAUGCUAAAAGAUGGAGAUAUUCCAGAAGAUGAAAUUAUGGAAUUUUCUGGCCACAGAUCACGGGAAGGAGUAAGAACUUAUAAAAGCAUAGACGAAGCAAGAAAAAUUAAAAAUGUUGUUAGUUUGAUACCAUUAGACUUUGAAGAUAUUGAAGUAGAAGAAUUUGAAUAUUUUCCAGGGAAUUCGUGGGAAAAUUUAAAUGAUAAUGAUGACAGUGAUUCAGAAUUUUCAGAACAAGGAAAUUCACAUGAUAGAGAGGAUUUAGGCGAAAUUGAGCAUAAUUCAAGUUCAAGUGAGGUAAAUUCUGGUAAAAAUUCUGAUGAAGAUUGUGAUUUGAUACAAACAGAUAAUAAAGCUAAAAAACGACAAAUAUUAAAGGAUACUGAUACCGAUAUUUGUAAUAUUACACAAAGAAAGAGAAAAUGUGAAGCACAAUCAGAAUUUUCGAAAAUAAUUAUUCCUGAUACAGUUAAAGAUGUGCAUUUUCAUAUUCAUUAUUAA